AUGUCGUCAAUUAAAUCAGUUAAAUUUGCUGGCACAAUAUCAAGUAAUAAUAAUGAUUCUCGUAUUAUUAUUAAUGUUGGUGGAACAAGAUUUGAAACACAACGAACAACAUUGAAAAAAUUACCAGCUACACGUUUAUCAAAAUUAACACCACAACUAUCAUAUUAUGAUCCAGUACUAAAUGAAUAUUUUUUUGAUCGACAUCCUGGUGUUUUUUCACAAAUACUUAAUUAUUAUCGAACUGGUCGACUUCAUUAUCCAACAAAUGUUUGUGGACCUUUAUUUGAAGACGAACUUAAUUAUUGGGGUAUACAACGAGAAGAAGUUGAACCUUGUUGUUGGAUGACUUAUACAAAACAUCGAUCAACACAAGAAACAUUACAAAUAUUAGAUUCAUUAGAAUUAGAUACAGUUCGAUCAACACCUGAUGAUAUUAUUAAAAAAUUUGGUUGGGAAAAUGAUGAGAAUUUAAUUAGUACUGGUCAGUUAUCUGUACGUAAACGUUUAAUAAGUAUUAUAUGGCAAUUAUUUGAAGAACCAAGAUCAUCAGUAAUGGCUAAACAUGUAAAAUAUAUUUAUUUGCGUGAAACAGAUGAAGAAAAACAAGAAAUAUAUAAUAAACAAAUUUCAACAGCUGAAAAUUUACUUCAAAAUAUCGAUACUUUAGUUGAUGUUGAAACAAAACGAAAAAAAUUAUUUAACGGUUGUUAUGAUAUUCUUUCAUCUUUUUUAAAUUUUUAUUAUUUACAUACAACAGAUCCACUUGAUGAAAAAAUUUUACUUGGUAAUUAUAAAAGAAUUGGAUAA